AUGUGGAGUCUCAAGGCAUUAGAACGGGCUCUACCCACCGCUCGUGGGGCUCGUGUGGCAUUCGCCAGCUCUGCAGCUACUGCAUCAGCGUUUGAAGGCGUGCGUCUCAAUAAUCUACGCGAUAAUGAUGGUGCACACAAGCGUGCCAAGCGUUUGGGUCGUGGUAUCGGCUCGGGUAAGGGCAAGACCUCGGGUCGCGGACACAAGGGGCAGAAGGCGCGGUCUGGCGGCGGUUCUGGUCGUGGACCUGGUUUUGAAGGAGGACAGACGCCUCUUUACCAGCGCAUACCGAAGCGCGGCUUCAACAACAAGUUUGCAACGCCGAUGGAAACACUGAACGUGGAUAAACUACAGCUCUUUGUGGACAUGGGACGUCUGGACACCAGCAAAAAGAUUACAAUGAAGGAGCUUGUGGACUCGGGCAUUGUGACCUGCUCACGUGUCAAGCAUGGCAUCAAGCUGCUGGGCAACGGCAGCCAGCACCUCACGUCCAAGCUGGACAUUGAAGUCUCGCAAGCCUCCGAGUCAGCCAUCAAGGCAGUGGAAGCGGCCGGUGGCAGCAUCGUUUCAGUGUAUCACAACCGUUUGGCACUGCGUGCCCUGCUGAAGCCGCACAAGUUUGAGACGAUCCCGCAGUCGGCACGUCCAAACCCAACAAAGCUUUCGUACUACACCAAUUAUGAGAAGCGUGGGUAUUUGUCUCCGGAGAUUCAGGCCAAGAAGGCGCUAGCCAAUGCUAGUAAUUCAGAAUAG